AUGGAGGGGUUGUAUGGUCAGUUAUCAAGGUUUUCUUACCAGGAGUCGCUGAAAGUCCUAGAAACCGAUAUCCAGCAUGCCAAUGCUCUGGCCUUUGCAAUUCCAAGAGCUGAAGGUGGUGUACACCUUAAGAUGAAAGUGGUUUACAAUCACCUGGCUCCGCUCUUUUUGUAUUUCCUCCAGUGGAUUGAUUGUUCCUGCUCGUGUCUGCUGCCUAGAUACCUAAAUUUCUGUCACAUACUUGUAUAUAAGGUAAGUACAGAUGGGAGACCAUAUAUUUCCAAGCAUGGAAGGAAGGCAACCAUUAGGGACUUUUAUGCUGUUAUAUUGCCAUCUCUUCAGCGGCUCCACGAUGAUUUAGUGAGGUCUGAUCAUGCUGUUGGUGAGAAUCUUGGCUCAGAGACCGUUGGCAAGAACAGAUUCGAAGGCAGGAAUGUGAACACAAGAUCACAGUCUUGCCCGUUUUGCCGUGGUAGCAUAAAGAGAGUAAAGUCAAGAGACUUGUGGAUCCUUACCUGCGGCAAUGACGUGAUGGACACUGAAACAGUUUCCAGAGAGAACUUAUUGCAUUUCUAUCUAUAUAUUGAUAGCUUGCCAAAAGAUUCACAGGAAGGCCUUAUCUUUGUGCACUAUGAAUACCUACUUUAA